CAGUGGUUUUACGCUGUACACCAUUUUUUUCUCCUCUGUAUCAAAUUGGAAAGUAAGCGGUGACAUGGUAACUGCUGUAAAGGAGGUGGCAAGGAACAUUUUAAUUUCAUCUGAAAAUCUGUCAGGACAGUUCUGUCAUCAUAAACCUAGCUCCCUUCAUUUUUCAUAGUACCACAUACAAUGCAAUGUGAAAACCUUCCACUUGAAGAGGAUUACUACUGACAUCUGGAUUUUUCCAAUGUAUAAGUAAUAUCAGCUUUAAUAACAGCCCCACACGUCAUCCUUUAUGUUGUAUGACAUCUAGAACAAAUUUACAGAAGCCUCGUUCCUCCAACAGUUCCACACACCAGUGGAGGCAAAAAAGUAGGAAGGCAAAAUACUUAGAGGAGCAAAGCUAGCCAUUCUAACAAGGAAGACAAGGAGGGAAGGCACUUCAUAUACCAUGCCUAUCGUUUAGAUUAAUAGGAAGAGACCAGAGAACUGGAACGGAAAAUGGCUGCUUCAGCGACCUUUAUUGCGCGCAACGCCAUCCCUGGAAAUUAAUCUUAAAAAAUGGAUCUGCUCAAAACGCUCGUCAAGGGAAGAGGGAAAAGGCAACUGACAGCCAGUUGAGAAGGAAGCAAUGUCCAUGUAGUUAACAGCCUGGAAACAGUAUAUGCUAGAAUAAGAGACCUUCAAGCAAACUCACCUGAAACAACACUGGUCAGACAACUGCUAAGCUUAAAAAUGCCACUUUUUGGCUGGAUGAAAUGGUCAAAGAAUGAUUCCUACAAAUCCACAAGGUAUCCUGGAUCAGAACUCGUUACCAAAACCUUGCUGAGGGAACUGAAAUGGCACCUGAAAGAGCGUGAAAGAUUAGUGCAAGAGAUUGAAAAUGAACAGAAAGUCCAGAAACCUGGCACGGAUUACAACUGGCUGAAGAACUACCAAAAUCCUCAAGCAACAAUCCCAGCCACAGAGCAGCGGCAGCUGGAAGUUCUCUGUUCUCAAAUCCAGCCCUGCCAAACUGGAACUGUCCUCAGCAGAUUUCGUGAAGUUUUGGCAGAAAAUGAUGUUUUACCUUGGGAAAUAGUCUACAUAUUCAAGCAAGUUUUAAAAGAUUUUCUUACUACCCUUGAGAGAGAAAACCAGCAAGAGCAACUGGUAGACGUAUGGAAUACAAAUUGCUCUGAACACUGCAGCCUGCAUGGAGACAGUUCUAACAAAUCAGAGAAAGAUGAAAUCCCCACUGUUUCAAGUUAUGUCGACAAGAACACACAAAGCAUGUUUCCCACUUUCUCUGACAGAAUUUGGAACCUUCCGUAUUACUACCCAUCAAGUUGAGUGGGUUUGUGUUUCUUUCAAAAAGCUUUGUAGUGUUUGUCUUCCUUUGUUGUGAUUGCCAUCCGCAAACAUAGGAGUAGGAAAUAUGACACGCUCCCUUUUUAUACAAGUUAAAUCCAAGUCUUCAGUUAUAGCUACCGUGCAUUAUACAAGCUUUAAGUACAAACCCUCCUCCUAUCUUCACUGUUCCUUUAAAAUGUUGUGUUUGUAGGCACCUUUUAACGAAAAACAUAGCUGCUGCUGAUAAAACAUGGAGGUGUUUUCCUUUUAGCAUUCAGGUAGACAGAUAUAGAUGUAUAAACAAGAAAAGACCACGUUCCGUAUUUUGAAAUAGCACCACUCCACAAAGCAUUAGGCAAGAACUUCUGUAUUUGUCACACAGCUUUUAGGCUCUGUGGGAACUUUAUACCAUGUAAGAUUUAAUAUAAUAUCAGUUGUACCAAAUAAACUGGUAAAUACC